AUGACGGCUUCAACUACUCGCUUGUUCGCUAAAACCGCAGCUUUGGCGGCCUCCGUCGGUGAGCUCCAAGGCCAGAUUUCAGCAGGCGUUGUUGAUUUCGAUUUUAUUCAAUCCAUCGAGCACCAGCUUAACCAUAUGCCGCGACUGGCCGACCGGGCUGUUUCAAAUCGAUCUGAUCUUGAUAAGACCGGAACGGCGCUGUGGAAUACUUGUGUCGACACAAUGAAGACCCAAUCAACCGAGCAUGUCCUUGAUGUUCUGACCGUGGCAGCCGAAAAACUAGAUGCUUUGCAAAGCUCCACCCCCUCAAUAGAUCAAAUUGAACUGGACUCAAUUUCCACCGGCUAUUACAUGAAUCGAGCUCAUUUGGCUUGGUUGGAAGACCAUCCCGAUCUCGCCGACCACUUCUUUUCUCAAGCGCCUCUCUCAGCUCAAAUCACAAAUCGCUGGGUUGUGGUGGAGAAGUGCCUCACUAUUGGUCUGGCUGCUCUGGACAAAGUCCAAUAUAAUGAAGCAAUCAAGUGGUUGGAAGCGGGCAUUGAACAAAUACAACUAAGUGGGGAGGAAGAAUGUCUCAGGGACACAAAUUUGGAGCUGCAUAUUCGAUAUGCACUCACGUGGAUUUACAUGAAAGCGAACACCGGUGUCACAACUGAACAACUAGCGAAUCAGAUGAAUUUGCUCAAGACAAAUCAUGGAGAUAUUGUUGGUGUCAAAGUUCUCGAAUUAGAAUUCAUACUACAUUCAUCACGGGACAUUGACACGACAAAGUUUUUCGAAGUCCUAAAGAAAGUGAUCGAGAGUAUGGCGUGGACACGAGAUUCUUACCACCUAAUUAUCAGCUACUUGCAUAACUCUAAGGACAUGAGCUACUAUCUAAAUUUCGAAAUGCAUCAAUUACUCAUGACGCACUUGCCGCCUAACUUCGAAUGGAUUGAGGGAACAUUCCUCCACCUUGCAUCGAUGGCUCGAAAUUCAAGAGUUGGGUUGAUCAUUCAUGUUCGAAAACCAAGACUCACCAAGAGCUUUAGGAAAUAUGCGGCCAACUCCUUAGAGUGCAACGACAUUAACUUGACUCGGGCAAUAUUGGAUCAGAUAGUCGCAGAAAACGACGUCAGACAGAAUCUACAGAUUGUGCUCCUUUUGGUCAAACUUGCGAUGCAUGAGGGGAAAGAUGCGACCCAAAUUAUAUCUCGUCCUGCAGAAGCACCAAUUGCCCGUUGGGUAACAUUCCUCCGGGCAUGUAUCGGAGAGGCCCAGCACAUGAAGAACUCAAAUGUAGUUCAUCAUUGUCUUCACAAGUUGAUCACAGAACUACACUCGCAAGAUCUUGAUGGGGCAGAAUCCUGGCCGAAUCAAGAAUACCUAUGGAUCUUGCAAGUUAUCGAUGACGAGAGAAGAAAAGGACAAUUUGUUGUAGAAAUCGCGAUCACUGUUCUCCAAUCAGCUCUGAUUUCCAUCAAAAAACCCCCAGAUUACUGUGCAGGAGGAACAACAAAAUACGAAGUGAAGCUCCUUUUCUGUGAAAGUCUUAAAUUGACUUACCAUGUGCUCAAAACUGAUCAGCUUGAGAACGCCAAAAAGCUGCGAUACAUUACGGAACAGGCAUUCCAGUUCGCAGAAAUUUGCUCGGAGAGCAUCCUAGGCAAAAUUGAAGAGAGCUUUCCCAAGACUGGCUGGGACUAUGACAUGGAGCUAUACCUAGAGGUUCUUGGUCAUCUCUUCAGUCUCCAUUCCCAAACCGACCCCGGAACAAAAUCGAGCUUGAGCAAGAAAAUAAGAGCGGCAAUCGCGAGCUUCAAUCCCGAUAAUAUGGAGGCUCACAUGUCUCGAAUCAUAUGGGCCAUCGACUUUGAGGCUGCAGUUAUGCUCAGACAAUGGGAUUCGCUGGAAUCAAUAGUUCGAAAAAAUACAUACAGCAUGAAUAUGGAGCUUCUCAAACACUAUCUAAGCUGCAUGUUUACGCCUAGCGUGCCCCCCAGCCACAAAAUGUCAACGGUGAAGAGUAUUCUUUACUGCAUAAAUGAGCGGAGUAAUACGAUUUCGACAGAAAUCCAAGAUCUUUUACCAGGCUAUCUUCGUUAUAUUUUCGCUUUGAGCUUGGAAGCAGCCACUGAUACUGACCCAGUGACUUUCUGCGACUCAUCGGAAAUAUACUUUGAGAUUGCUGAAUCAGUGAUUGACCAAGUCGUUGUUCUUGCUUCCGCCAACGCCUUCCUUUCGACUUACCCGUAUCACGAGACACCUGUCGAAAGCGAGCCAGCAACUGGGACAUCGCCAUACUCGGAUUGUGGACAGCACGCAUACCCCCCUGAAGAGCUCCAGUACCUAGCUGCGCGCUCUUUCAACCAGGCGAUGGACUUCUAUUCAGCAGAGCAGGAUGAGAAAUGUCGCAGCUGGGCUGGGAUAGCUAUGAACUUUGCAGGGCUGAUGGCAAAUGCCGAAGGUGACAGUCUAACGGCCCAGUUUCGAGAGCGGAUGGAUAGACUGUUCUAG